AAGUGCAUUAUGGGUAUUCGAAUUUCAUCAAUGGAAGUAGACAAAGUAAAAUGUAUCGAUACUAUCAGGUUUAAAUAGAUAAGGCAGUAGGUACAUUAGCUUAUGUUUUGAGCGAACUGUAAAUUGGUGUCGACACUUGUAAUAAUAAUGCUUUUUGCAAGCAACUUCCUGAAAUCAAUGCAUGCAGCAUAGCAAAGAUAGCUAGAGAUCUAGCUAACGUUGUUACUUACAACAUCCUUACUGGUGUACGUUAGCUGGUAGUACUAGCUAGGCCAUCGACGUUGGAUACCAACAAUAUAUAUGUAACUAGGUUGGUCUUUGGUAGGCUAUAUAUCCGGCAUAAUAUUGACUAUGUGCUUAGCCAAUUGCACAUUUUCUUAACAGGUAUCAGAGGAAUUCAUAACCAGCUGACCAUCAAUAUUGAAAAUGGAUGGGUCAGAGAAAACAGAAGUUGCGAGGGCAAAGUCAUUCUGGGUACAGGUGGACGUGGAAGAAACAUUUGAUGAGCUGUAUGAAUAUCUGACACACCUGAAGCAUGCCAUCAAGACCUGCACUGCUACAGACAGAGAAUAUGUCCAGGGGAUGAAUAUGAUUACCUUAUUGGAUUCCGGGCUGAUUGUGACACCGGCAACUACAGCCCCAGCUACAACUACAGCCCCAGCUACAACUACAGCCCCAGCUACUACUACAGCCCCUGCCACUGGGAAUGAGUCUUUUGUGGAGGUGGUUAUUGGUGCAGAAAUCCUCACAGUUUCAGUCCCUGACAUUGACGACCCUCAGACUCCACUGCCCCCCCAACAGACAGAGCCCGUAUCCCCUCCCUCACCCCUCCGUUACGAUGGCUCCAUCAUCCCCCUGUCGCCCCCCUACCCCAACAGAGAGGACCUCAUGACUCCCCUGCUGCCCCUCCAGCUCCCCUACCAGUUCCAUACCUGCAGCCAGGCCUGUGUGCCCCACCUGCCCCCGUCCGCACACCACUUCCGGGGCCACAACCCUCUCAGGAUCCCACUACUCUGCUCCUUCCAGCGGCAGUGUGCUCCCACCCCACCUCUCACUACUGGGAUUGAGACCGAUUGUGAUGGGACUGAACCAGACUCUAAGGGGGAGGGCUCUGAAAAUUCUGAGGGUGCAGAGUUGGACUCUGAGGUCACCGCGCGGGGUGUUGUUUACAAGGCUCCCUGUGGGCUGAGUCUCUGCACCCCAGGGGAGGUGCUAUGUUUUCUGGUUGCCACAGAGAGUCACAGCGUUCUGCAGGUGGACGACUUCACCUUUGACCCCCUGGUGCAGUUGGAGUGUCUGCGCCCACCCGGGCUGGCUGUGAGGGACCUGAGCCGGGGGUCAGAGCCAACGCCGGUGGAGUUGUGCCUGCAGGAGGAAGGAGUGCGGCCGGAGGACUUCCGCUACAGGAAGGAGCGUUGGCCUCACGGCUGUUUCCUCAGUUCGGGCCCGCUGUUCACCACCUGCUGCGACUGCACUGAUGGCUGUGGUGAUGCGGAGAGCUGCGCCUGCGCUUGUCUGACCCCAGGCGGAAAACACUACUCCCACCAGAGGCUGUCUGAGCAUGUGCCCAAAGGGCUGUACGAAUGCGGUCCUUGGUGUGGGUGUGACCGUGGUAUGUGCCAGAACCGUGUGGUUCAGCGGGGUCUGCGUGUCCGGCUGCAGGUCUUCCCCACCGGAAACAAAGGAUGGGGGGUGCGUUGCCGUGACGACCUGGACAGGGGCACGUUCGUGUGCACAUACGCAGGUGUAGUUCUCAGGGCAGGACUGGACUCCGAUGAGCCCCUCCCACCCAAGCGCCAGAAGGAGGACCUUCCCUCCGACGACGAGGUGGAGGUGGUAGAUGAGUGGCUGGCGCCGGCAGGGGAGGGGCGAGCACCUGCAGAGACCCUGGAGCCCUCGCCCCCCUCCACACCACCUGACGGGCUUCAUGUGCCUGUUAUCCAGAGGCCCGGGGUGGAGCUUUCUCCACAGAUACAAGCUGUGUUGGUGGGAAACUCCCUGCCAGUCCAACCUCUCACGGGCAUGGAGGUUGAGGAGGGUGUGGAGCAAGAGAAUGGGGUACAGAAGCCACAGCUGAAUUCCCAACCACACAUGAAAGAAGUGGAUGUGAAGAUGUCUGUGUCCACAAGCCCCAAAAAACUUGGCCCAAAGCAGAACCCUAUGGAGCACCUGUAUUACAUAGAUGCCACGAAGGAGGGGAACGUGGGAAGGUUCAUAAAUCUGCGACCCCAACCUAUUUGUGCAGAACGUCUUCACUGACUCUCAUGAUCCAAACUUCCCCGUCAUCGCCUUCUUCACCAGCAAAGUGGUGAAGGCGGGGACUGAGUUGACCUGGAACUACUCCCACAGCCCUGACAGUGACCUGGAACAGAAAGUGACAUGUCAGUGUGGCUGUGACGGCUGUCAGGGACUGCUGGCCUGAACCUUGAGAUGAACACAAAACAAAAUACUCCUUUAUAGCCUGCUUCUAGACCAAUUACAUAGUCAGUUUGUGCUGUAAACAAAUCUGCCUUCAGACCAGGCCACAAUGACCCCAAGAUGUGUAUGAUGGUGGACAACCAGUUAUGCUUUGCAGUGAUGUCUGGUGAGGACCUGCCUUACAACAGGCCUACAAGCCCUCAGUCCAGCCUCUCUCAGCCUAUUGCGGACAGUCUGAGCACUGAUGGAGGGAUUGUGCGUUCCUGGUGUAACUGGCAGU